GUACAACAUGGCGGCGCUGUGGCGGAGGCCGGAGCGUCUCUUAGGAGUCUCGGGGCUGUGCCGUACGGCGCGGGCCCUCUCAGGAAAGAGCGAGUAUGAUCUUCUGGUAAUUGGUGGAGGGUCUGGAGGCCUUGCUUGUGCCAAGGAAGCUGCCCAAUUUGGAAGGAAAGUGGCUGUUCUGGAUUAUGUGGAACCUUCUCCGCAAGGAACCAAAUGGGGACUUGGUGGAACUUGUGUCAAUGUCGGCUGCAUUCCUAAAAAGCUUAUGCAUCAGGCAGCUCUUCUAGGAAGUGCCAUUAAAGAUUCCCAGCGCUAUGGCUGGAAUAUAUCCCAACCUGUUCAGCAUACCUGGUCUGUGAUGGCACAAGCUGUUCAGAAUUAUGUGAAAUCCUUGAACUGGGGCCACAGAGUGCAACUGCAAGACAAGAAGGUGAAAUAUUUCAACAUCAAAGGGAGUUUUUCAGAUCCACAUACAAUCCAUGGUUUAACAAAAGCAGGUAAAGAGAUUGUUAUUACUGCAGAGAGAAUUGUCAUUGCUACUGGAGGAAGACCAAAAUAUCCUACACAUAUUACGGGUGCACUGGAGUUUGGAAUCACAAGUGAUGAUCUAUUCUGGCUAAAAGAAUCUCCUGGAAAAACGUUGGUUGUUGGAGCCAGUUAUGUUUCACUUGAGUGUGCUGGUUUUCUAACGGGCAUUGGAUUGGAUACCACAGUCAUGAUGAGAAGUAUUCCACUUCGUGGCUUUGAUCAGCAAAUGUCUUCUUUAGUAACUGAACACAUGGAAUCUUAUGGCACAAAAUUUUUAAAGAAAUGUAUCCCAACCAAAGUUGAAAAAUUGGAGAGCAACAAAUUACAAGUCACCUGGAAAAAUACUGACUUGGGCACAGAAGAAACAGAUUCCUUUGACACGGUGAUGUGGGCAGUAGGCCGAGUCCCUGACACUAAAACUCUGAAUUUGGAGACAAUUGGCGUGAAAACUAAUUCUGAAACUGGAAAGAUCAUUGUUGAUGCCAGUGAAGCUACUUCUGUUCCUCACAUUUAUGCAGUUGGAGACAUAACAGAGGGCCGCCCUGAAUUGACACCCACAGCAAUAGCUGCGGGAAAACUGCUGGCUCGGCGUCUUUUUGGCCAGUCUUCAGAACUGAUGGACUAUGACAAUGUACCUACUACAGUUUUCACUCCUUUAGAAUAUGGUUGUGUUGGACUGUCAGAAGAAGAGGCUGUGCAAUGUUACGGAUCAGAUAAUAUUGAGGUAUACCAUGCGUAUUAUAAACCUUUAGAGUUUACAGUGGCUGAAAGAGAUGCAACUCAAUGCUAUAUGAAAAUGGUGUGCUUGCGAGAGAGAGAGCAGCGAAUCCUUGGCCUUCAUUUCGUUGGACCAAAUGCAGGCGAAGUUAUUCAAGGAUUUGCACUUGGAAUCAAAUGUGGUGCUACGUAUCCUCAACUAAUGAAGACAAUUGGCAUUCACCCUACCUGUGCUGAAGAAGUUACCAAGUUACAUAUUACAAAGCGUUCUGGCUUGGAUGCAACAGUCACAGGCUGUUGAGGUUAAAUACCAUCCCUGGAAAGAAGGAAAAAGAGCACAAAAUAGAAAAGGGUCAUUUUUAUUUGAAACCGGUUUAAUGGUUGGAGUUCCAGGAAUCUUUCUGAUUCCCUCUGUAUACACCUUUUUUCUCACAACCAGACAAAGAAAUUGUCCUCCCAUCCUCAUAGUUCUAAAAUCAAUGCGGUUCUACUGUAACACAUCUCUCUCUCCCUUUCAAGGUAUCUAUAAUUCUUCUCUUGCUCAGAGCUAAGGAUUAAUCACUGUUUUAUAUAUAUGUAUAUAUUCAAAAAAAUGUAUCUGAAGCCAUUGCCAUCUGAGGCCUUCUACAGUUUAAAUGGUUGUCAUACAAGCUUGUCUGCCAAUAGAUUUGUCUUGCACUAUGUUCAUAUAGAUUCCAGGAAUCAGACAGGGCCUCGUUUAGAAGUGCACUGAAGAUACCUUCUCUGAAGUACUUGGCUAGUUCAUUACUGAUCUUAAUCUUGGACACUGAGAUUUGUACUCACCAACAGAAACAAGUUCCUAGAGUGUGUAACGAUAGGUAAGCAGACAUCUUUGUUUUUUUUCUUUAAAAUGUGCUAUAUAUAUAGUUUAAUAUAUAGAAUUUAAUAGAAAAUCAGUUAUCACUGAAGCUGUGCAAGCUACUGGAUGAAUUCCUUGGCAGGGUGGUCCUAACAUUAUGGUGUGAAGGCUGAUAGAUUUUUUUUUGUCAGUUCAGAGGCACUAAAGAAAGUGUUUCAGGUUAUGGUGAAUUCUCUUCCCACUCUGGAAAUUGCUAAUUCAUUUCAUUUCAAAUUAAAUAGACAUAUCUCACAAAUUACUGCUUGAACACCACAUGUUAAGGAAUAAUGAAAAGUAGAAUCAAAGCAACAAAUAUUCCAGCUCGUGCAGUUUUUUCUCUUUGAUAGAAUGUGGAAAUCUGGCUGACAGUGAUAACUUUGGUUUGUUUUUAAUAUUUAGUCACUAAUAAGCUGGAUGCCACUUUUAAAUGGACUGAGAUUUGGACUUUAAUAAAAUAUAUAUUACUGAAGGGAACUGUAUUAAAGAAUAAUUUAGAGAAGAAAUGGUCCAGCUCAGAUUUUCAGAAUAUUGGCCAGAGUAACAAAGCAUGUUUCUACUGCAAGUUCCUGCUUUUUUUUCCACUAGCCAGAAGGGGGAGAUGCUGGUUAAUUUGUAACAAUAAAAAACAAAUAAGAAAUCUUACAGUGAAGGUUCUUUUGCAGAACCCUGUUAAAUAGGUAGCCUGACAAAGGCAAUACCCAAAACAAAUUGCUUUGAAUUUCAGUCCAAGUUGCAGUUGCCAAUAUUUUGAUAAGCAUAGUCACUAAGAUUUUGCACCCCUUACACUAGAAUAACGCAUGCAGGAAAGGGAGAGGUGAUCUUUAGGUAAAAUGAUCUUUUUUUCCCCCCUGUUAAUUUAUAUGAAUGUUUCUGCAAGUGAAAUCUGGUAUUUUCUUAGCUGUCCUGAUUAUUGCAGUUUGGGAGAAUAGUCUCAUGAUCAUGUAUACCUUUGCCAUAUUUUUCUUUGACUCCUGUUUCACUGCUUAUUGCAACACAGACAAAUGAUUGGUCUUAUUUCAAGGGUGAAAUAUUUCUUACCACCAGAAUUGUGCCUGUCACGAGAAACUAUUUGAGAAAAAUUGAUUAGAUAUUAAAAAAGAGAUGUAAUGGCAUUUAUCACACACUCAUUGAUACGAAAAUACUCUGUUUUCAAUGAUUUGUUCUGAUUUUAAAAACAAAAAAAUCCUUAAGUGCUUUCUCUGCAAAGCAUCAUGACACUUCUAGUAAAAGAAGGAAGGAGUGAUACAGUAGAAGUGCAAGUGGCAUUCCCUAUGCCUUUUUUCCAGCUCUGAAGUCAACCAUACGUUUGUGGAUGAAAAGAAAUAUUUUGAAUAGAAGUAUAGUUGGAACGCUGCCCAAACAUUACUACUACCUUUAGAAGAAGGCUAUGAAAAUUUUACAUCUGCAAGUGAAUGUGUGCCUACCUGUGCACUCAGAAAGUUCCUGUCUACUUUAAUAGAGGCCUGGGGAUAUGAUACAGCCAAAAACCUACAAGAUUUUUCCCAGCUGUUAAAAAAAAAAAAAAAAAAAAAAAAAAAAAGGAAGAAGAAGAAGAAAAAAAUAGUAAAUUACUUUCUUGAAACUAUUUUUGUAUAUCAAACAUUGAGAUACUAAGCAUUGCAGUCUACAGAGAUCUUGAUGUGAGAAUCACCCCACUUCUGACUAAAAUGGAAUGUCUAUAGCUACGCAAGAUUCUGCUCUCCCCACCCCUGCCAAGGGAUUCCCUAUCACAGUUUCUUUUGCAGCCGUGAAUUAAAAUACUGGGGUUCAGCCAUGUGAAAGUAGCUGCAUUGUCCUGUUGGCAAUGCAUCCAGCAGACUGAAUUCUCUUCCAUUACCUACAAAUCAAUGGAAAGAUGAGUUUAUUAAAUUCAUUGUAAAGCUGAAAACAAUGAUUCGGGACAACAAAUAGAGAGCUCUUCUGGAAAAGUGUCCUCAAUGUAUUUGGAGUUUGAAAUUAAUGCAUGUCAGCAUUCUCUGAAGUAAUAUUGUGGAGCAGUUUUUUGUUUUAGAAUUGCUAUGUGGGCUUAAUGAAAAUUACUCUUGUCUUGAGUUGCAGCCUAGUUCUGUUCCUUAUUUAGUGCAAAAUGUUGUUUUGCACCAAAGUAAAACUAAAUGUCCAUUCACACCUACAUAACUAUAAUGUCAGAACCUGGAGCAAGGCAGAAUAACGAAAACUGCUUGUGAUUGUGCUUUUUUUCCUGACGGAUUCCUUCCGUAACUCUUCAGGGAUGGUCUUUAAGAUUUUUUUUUUUUUUUUAAGCCUGACUAGUAUCAACUGAAAUAGCUGAUAUACAUAGCAAAUUACUGAUGAUAUGUGAAAGGUAAAAAUAAUUUUAGUUGGGCUUCUUGGGAUGCCAGCUGAUGAGGGCUUGUUUGUCAAACCACACCGUGGUGCAGACAGGGCUGAAGAUUGCUGGGUCCCUCGUAUAUAUAUGAUCUCAAUAUUUAUUGUGUUGUGGUAUGAAUUAAUAAAGAAUAAUUUUUUUCUA